UUGCGGAAAAAGUCAUGAUCGAAUUUCGACUUUACCCCAAAUCCAAUCGAGAAUUUUCAUUUCCACGAGCGAUGAGUUCUAGUACGGCCCGAAUGCACUCUACUAUCUUCUCCCAAACCGAAGGGUGAAGGGUCAACGGUAAUCUCCGUCGUUCUGGUCCCCUCAAAGUUACCGCCGGCUCGGCGCGGGAAAAACAGGAGCAGGCCAAUCCAUGGCCGGUAUGUUCCUCCCAAGGAAUCCUCACGACGACUAACGUUGGACGAACUUCCAUCACAGACGAUCCUCGUCCUCCUGCCGCUUCAUGCGAUACAGAGAGAUGGCCAAUUCACCACCGCUCCUCGGCGGCUCCUCGUUGCUGUCGCUGUCGCUGGCGGCGGUCCUACUGGCGGUGCUCGGCGUUCGGAUCGCGAGCGCCGCGGGCGGAGAGCAACCGCUCGCCAAGAUAGCCAUCCACGACGCCGUUUUUGCGCUUCAUGAGAACGCUUCCGUCAGAGCCCACCCGCUUGUUCUUGGGCUCGAGGGGGAAGAUACUGAGUGGGUUGUCGUGGACUUUGAAAGCCCCGCACCUGCCGAAGAUGACUGGGUUGCAGUUUUUUCUCCUGCCAACUUCAACUCCUCUACCUGUCCACCUAUUGAUCCAAGGCAGCAUGCACCUUUUAUAUGCUCAGCUCCCAUUAAGUAUAAGUUUGCCAAUGAGUCCAGCUCUGACUAUACAAAGACGGGGAAUGCUUCUUUGGAGUUUCAACUGAUAAAUCAGAGAGCAGACUUCUCAUUUGCGCUCUUCUCAGGCGGGCUGUCAAAUCCAAAGCUUGUGGCAGUUUCGAAUAUCAUUAACUUUGCAAAUCCAAAGGCACCCCUUUAUCCACGUCUUUCGCAAGGGAAGUCUUGGGAUGAAAUGACAGUUACCUGGACUAGUGGCUAUAAUAUUGAUGAAGUGACUCCUUUUGUCGAGUGGGGUGUUAAGGGAGAAACCCAGACAAGAUCGCCAGCUGGAACAUUGACAUUUCAGCAAAAUAGCAUGUGUGGUCCACCUGCACGAACGGUGGGGUGGCGAGAUCCAGGUUUCAUACAUACAAGUUUCCUAAAGGAUCUGUGGCCCAAUGCAGAGUACACAUAUAGGCUUGGCCACAGAUUAGCUAACAAUUCAUAUGUUUGGAGCAAGGCAUACUCCUUCAAAUCAUCUCCAUAUCCGGGACAAGACUCAUUGCAGCGUGUCGUAAUAUUUGGUGAUAUGGGAAAGGCAGAGCGUGACGGUUCAAAUGAGUACAAUAACUAUCAGCCAGGCUCGUUAAACACGACAGAUCAGCUCAUCAAGGAUUUAGACAACAUAGACAUAGUGUUUCAUAUAGGUGAUAUAACAUAUGCAAAUGGAUAUAUUUCACAGUGGGAUCAGUUCACAUCUAUGAUCGAGCCCAUUGCAUCGACUGUCCCGUACAUGAUUGCGAGUGGGAAUCAUGAGCGUGAUGCUCCAGGCACGGGGUCAUUUUACGAUACCAAUGAUUCAGGUGGUGAAUGUGGCGUCCUAGCAGAGACCAUGUUCUAUGUCCCCGCAGAAAAUAGAGCGAAAUUUUGGUAUUCAACAGAUUAUGGCAUGUUCCGCUUCUGCAUAGCCAACAGUGAACACGACUGGAGGGAGGGUUCUGAACAAUAUAAGUUUAUUGAGAACUGUUUUGCAACAGUGGACAGACAAAAGCAACCUUGGCUGAUAUUUGCCGUGCAUCGUGUUCUUGGCUAUUCUUCUUUGGAUUAUUACUACAGUCUGAUGGGCUCUUUCGAGGAGCCUAUGGGAAGGGAUAGCUUGCAGAAGCUGUGGCAGAAAUACAAAGUUGACAUGGCAUUCUACGGUCAUGUCCAUAACUAUGAAAGAACAUGCCCGAUUUACCAGAAUCAAUGCGUGAACUUAGAAAGGUCUCAUUACUCGGGCACUGUGAAUGGGACGAUCCACGUCGUUGUUGGCGGCGGAGGAUCUCAAUUAUCAUACUUCAGCGAUUUGCAGCCGAUUUGGAGCCUGUAUAGAGACUUCGACUUCGGAUUUGUGAAGCUCACCGCAUUCAACCACUCAUCCCUUCUGUUCGAGUACAAGAAGAGCAGAGACGGGAAAGUCUAUGAUUCAUUUACCAUCUCUAGGGAGUACAGGGAUGUACUGGCAUGUGUACAUGAUGGUUGUGAACCAACCACUCUGGCCUCGUAGUAAUCCAAUCGAAGCAGAACUUUUCGCUCCCUUCAGGAGCCAGCUGAUUCUAAGAUUGAGAUGAUCCUUGGAUGAGGAACGUCUCGGGGUUCUUUGUGAGUUACAUUAAAAGGAGAUCUAUACUGCAUUUUGCCUGGAAAAGGGCAUAACAAAGAACGUUGCCGUGGCCUGGCAGCUUCAGGCCAUUUUCCUCCCAUUCCAAUCUCUGUCUGCUGUCUUUCCUUGACCGUUUAUUCCUUGGUUUUGUAUCUGCCCUUGUGAGAAAGGGCUGGAGGACCCCGAAACUCGCCUUCCUCGCGGUUGGCGCGAAACGGCACAUGGUUUUCAUGGGAAGGCGGCGAACCAGCAUGUAAACAAAAUUUGACUUGAUCUCCCAUUAUUAAAGUUACUAAUAUUUGUUAAUAA